UCAAUUUCUGCAUCCACUUUUCCCUUUCUUCACCUCAUCUCUUUUCCACCAUUUUACUCACACAAUCUCUCUCUCUCUCUCCACUAUAACCUCUCCCUCUUUGAUCUUCCUAUAUAUCGUCUCCAAGAUCAUGCUUUGAUCCGAUCAUGGCCCGACCUCCCUGUCCCCCCUCGUCUUCCCUCUUCGCCCUUGUCGCCCCAACUUCGUCAUGCAAGACCAACGGCCCGAGGUUCUCACCGUCUCCAUCGUCUUCUUCGUCAUCGCAACUGUCUUCGUGGCCCUGCGCUUUAUCUCCCGUAUUUUUAUUGUCCAGAAGGUCGCCCUCCAUGACUAUUUGAUGCUCUUGGCCUGGGUCCUCGACUUCGGCUUCUCCUUCUCCCUCUUCUAUGCCACCCACCAAGGUCUAGGUCUGCACGAUUCCGAUAUUCGCGAGGACCAGCGCGCCGGCCUCAAUCGCGCCGACUAUGCCUUCACCGUCCUCUACAACCCGGCCCUCAUGGCCGUCAAAACAUCCAUCCUGGUCUUCUACCUAACCCUCACCCAAGGCGAGAAGGUCUUUCGCUUGGCCAACUACGUUACCCUUUUCGUCGUCAAUGCCGCCGGUCUCGCCCUGACCCUCGUCAAUGUCUUCCAAUGCCGUCCCGUCAGCGCUGCCGUUUCCUAUCCCUUGCCUGAGGGUGCCAAGUGCAUCGACAUCCUGACUCUAUACCUGUCCUCGUCGCCGGUCAACAUUGUCACCGAUCUGGCCAUUCUCUUCCUGCCCAAUCCCAUUCUUACGCAAAUGCGACUGCCGCGCAAACAAAAGAUCAUCCUCGUCAUCACCUUCAGUUUUGGAUUCUUUGUCGCCGUCGUCGACGUCAUUCGCAUUGCCUACAUUCAAGAUGCGGCCACUUCACGUCAGAUCGCGUUGAAACAAGUCCAUCUGCAGGAUACUCCGGGCGAUGACCUCAGCUGGUACGGGGCAUUUUCGUUUAUGUGGUCCGUCAUCGAAGUCAACGUUUCCGUCAUCUGUGCCUGUGUGCCCAGUCUCAAGCCGCUCGUCGCGCGACUCAUCCCGAAGCUGAUCCGUGACACUGACGGGAGCUCCCAGGCCACAGACCUUCCCCUGCCCGCCCCGGAUCCUCCACCGGAGCUCCCGACCAUCACCGGGCCUCCUACCGCGCGGCGCGCGUCGCGCUCACAGCAGUCGUCCGCCAUCCAGGACAAUAAGCCGUCGCAUUCGGAGAGCCACAGCAGUCAGGCCGCUUCGGCCCGGGUGGAUCUGGCCGAUAUGUUGAUCACAGCGCCCGAGGCGCCUCCGGAUGUCGAGAACCGAACGAACACCGUUACCACCACCACGUCGUAUCCGCCCAGCAUCACCUUUUUCGAUUUUGUCAAUAUGAAGAAGCCGGCCAACAUGUUGAAGCUGAGCAACAAGGAGUCCAUCGCGCCGAUCGCGCUGACGACCAUAUUGUUCUUCCUCUGGGGAUUUGCCUAUGGCUUGCUGGCUAUCCUGAAUGAGCAGAUCCAAGAUAUCCUGGGUCUGGACAUCUGGCAGUCGUUUGGUCUCCAUGCGGUCUACUUUGGGGGGUAUCUCGUGGCGCCGACGUUUGUGGGGGGCGUUGUGUUGAAGCGCUGGGGGUUCAAGUGCACCUUCAUCACCGGGCUGUGCAUCUACGCCUGCGGCACUCUGGUCUUCUGGCCGUCAGCCGUGCUAACAUCGUACCCUGGUUUCAUCGUGUCCAAUUUUAUUGUGGGCAGUGGACUGGCGGUGCUCGAGACGGCCGCCAAUCCGUUCAUUGCGCUAUGUGGACCGCUCGAAAACUCGGAGAUUCGGCUGAACAUCUCGCAGGGCGUGCAGGCGAUCGGCAGCGUCGUGUCGCAGCUGCUAGCCAAGAAGGUCCUAUUCAAAGCUGUAACCGACGUGAGCACGCUAGUUGACGUGCAGUGGACGUACUUGGGCAUCGCGCUGUUCGAUGUGCUCCUCGCUCUCGCCUUCUAUUACCUGCCUAUUCCAGAGGCAUCAGACGAGGAUCUCGAGGAAUUGGCCAACCGCCGCCGCGCCGACAACCGGGCCACUGUCGCCGGCGUCCCCGUGGUCUGGCUGACACUGGGGCUCGGCGUGUGGUCUCAGUUUUUCUAUUGUGCCGGCCAAGAAGUGAUAUCGAUGAGCUUCGACAGCUACAUCCGCGCCGUGCACCCGCUGUCCUACCUCAGUCCCUUUGAACAGCUCACGGUCGCGCACACGGUGUUCGCGAUCGGCCGCUUUCUCGCUGCCUUUUUGCAAUGGUUCCUCAAACCCCGCUGGAUACUUAUGCUCUCUUACAUCGGCAUGAUUCUCUUCUCCAUCCUGUGCAUGAAAAUGACCGGGCGGGCCGCCGAGGCCAUGGCUAUGAUGGUGUACCUGUUCGAGAGCGGCGCAUUCAGCAUUAUCUUCGCCAUCUCACUCCGCGGCACCGGCCGACACACCAAGACUGCGACCGUACUGCUCACAGUGGCCAUCAGCGGCGGUGCCUUCUUCCCAUUCGCGCAGUACGCAGCCGAGCUGGUAGGCGGGAUCCGCUAUUCCUACUGCGUGCUGGUGGCGCUAUUCAGCGCGGGCGCCAUCUUCCCCAUUUACCUCAACGUAGUACCGGCAGCCAAGAAACAAGUGGACCCGGUACCAAACGAGCACCUGCGGCACCCCCGCCGGCGCAGUCGCAUCAAAGCCAACGUGAUGGCGCGCGAAAAGGAGAACCCAUCGGUGGGUGGGGUCCUCUCGCGCCGGCGCAGCGUAGUGUCGGAGCCGUUGCCGACGGUGCAGCUAGCCGACCACACGAAGCAGACGUCGGGGGGAUUGAUACCUGAAUUGGCGCCAUGGCCAGAGCAGCAGGGGGGAGAGCGUGCGGAGCGGGGCUGAUUAACCUUUUCUUUCUCAUCUUUUCUUUCUACUAUACCAUUGUUGUUUUUGACUAUCUCUACGGGAGGAGAUUUGCCAUGAUACCCUAUACUUUUGGAUUGUGUUUUAGCGUGGAGUUGGCUGUUGCAUUGCUGGAGUUCUGUACAUAUAUACUUG